CUCACUCUCUCUCACUCUCUCUCUCUCAUGGCUUCCAAGCUCUCCUUCCACCCAUUCCAGGAUGUCUCAGUCUCAAUCAACAGAACCCUGAAAACUCCUCUCAGAAACCCACAACUUCUCCUCUUCCCAUCUCUCAAUUCGACUGUAUUUUGCUCCUCCAAGCUUUCAAAUUCAAAUACAGUCACGGUUGCAACUGCUGGAGGAAGAACAGCUCCUCAUGCAGUGAAGGAAGAAGAGAUUCAGGCAUCCACGGUCGAGACCCAAAUCGCAGAAUCCAUCCCUUCAUCUUCUAAGCUAGUCCUCGUUGUCGGUGGUACAGGUGGCGUUGGGCAGUUGGUUGUAGCAUCCUUAAUCAACCGAAAUAUCAAAUCAAGACUCUUACUAAGGGACCCUCAAAAAGCAGAAUCUCUAUUCGGCAAACAGGAUGAGAGCACACUAAAGGUCUGCCAAGGGGAUACAAGAAAUCCGAAUGAUCUGAAUCCUUCUAUAUUUGAGGGAGUGACACAUGUAAUUUGCUGCACUGGCACUACGGCUUUCCCUUCGAAGCGCUGGGAUGGAGAUAACACACCGGAAAGAGUAGAUUGGGAGGGCAUCCGGAAUCUUGUAUCUGCACUGCCUUGGACGUUGGAGAGAUUUGUUCUUGUUUCCUCAGUGGGUGUCACGAAAUACGAUGAAUUGCCAUGGAGCAUCAUGAAUCUCUUUGGUGUUCUCAAAUUUAAGAAGAUGGGGGAGGAUUUCGUUCGCAGCUCUGGCCUUCCAUACACCAUAAUAAGGGCUGGAAGAUUGACUGAUGGGCCAUACACUUCAUAUGAUCUAAAUACUCUGCUUCAAGCAACUGCAGGGGAACGUCGUGCAGUUGUUGUAGGACAAGGAGAUAAACUCGUGGGAGAGGUAAGCAGACUUGUUGUAGCCGAAGCUUGCUUACAGGCAUUGGACAUAGAAUUCACUCGGGGCCAAAUAUACGAAAUCAACUCAGUCAAGGGAGAAGGACCGGGAUGCGACCCUGAAAAAUGGAAAGACCUCUUCAAAGCGGCCCAAAUCCAAUAGUUGGAUGCAAUAUGGGUUUCUUCUCAUGGGGGUUAAGGGGCCUGACUUCGAACCCUUGUACCAAUACUGUAUGUUCUCAAACACAUUCCUACCUGCGAUUGUUGCCUGUAUCAUCUCUAAAAUGAGAUGUAUAUGUAAGAGAAUUAUUCAAAAACUCCAAAAUGCUUUGUUGCAUAUGGAAGAUAGUAAAUGCAGUUGAAAUAGAUGUAGUUUUCUUGAA